AUGGCAUUCGAGAUUUACACUGCCUCCUCUCUCUCUUUCCAGGAUUAUGUUGCUAUUUGCCAAUGUGCGCGCGCGUUAGUAGAUGGCUAUGACCGAAAGGAUAAGGUUCGAGUCCGAGCUUCUCUAGCUCCUUCCAUCGUUGUCGACUACAGCAAAGUCGUGCCUGAAUGGGGUCGCAAGAAGUACGAGGCAGAUGGCUUUGUUGAUUUAUGGCUGGGACCAAACCACUUAGGUGUGAAAGCCCUGGCCACGCAACAUCUUCUCGGGGCGCCGUACUUCAAGUCGGUGACGGAGGGAGAAAUUGUGGUGGAAUGGCAGCAGCUCGCGAGCCAUGGGAGGAGGCUGGAAGGCGAGGAUUACAUGCAUCCGUUAUGCAAGAUUAGUGAAAUUUCAGAUGGGAGGAGCUGGAUGCAGCAGACGUAUGUGAAGGUCGAUGAGCAGUGGCGUAUCGCAGAGAUUAGGCCCGAGGUUUUGUACUCGACCGGUGACUUUUUGAAUAUUGGACGGCCGGACGGGAAGGAUUCACGGAAUAUUAACCCAUCUAGCUAG